GAUGGAUAUCUAGUGUAUCUGAAAGCAGUUCGGCCUCACUCAAGUCUCAAGAGACAGAAGCACACCUGACACCUGGACCUUGGACGUUUAUUCUGUCGCCAGCAAUAAAACAUUUGAUCGCGGGAGGAAUUGCGGGAGCCGUAAGCAGAACAGUAGUAAGCCCUUUAGAAAGAAUGAAGAUACUAUUUCAAGUAUCUUAUAAUGGAAUUAUCCCCACAUUAGCAAAAAUAUGGCGUGAGGAAGGGAUAAUUGGAUUUUUAAGGGGAAAUGGAACGAACAUUAUAAGAAUUGUUCCUUAUAGUGCGACACAAUUUGCGGCAUAUGAAAAAUAUAAACGACUUUUAUUAGAAGAAGGAAAAACAGAACUAAAUGCGCCACGACGUCUUACGGCAGGAGCAUUAGCGGGUAAAGAAGGACAGAAAAAAUUACCAGGUAUCGCGUCAACAAUGAGGAUAAUUUAUAUUACCGAGGGCGGUAUUAUGGCAUUAUAUCGUGGCUUGGCACCAACCCUGUUGGGAGUAGCACCGUAUGUAGCACUAAAUUUCCAUUCAUAUGAGGUAUUGCGUAAAUAUUUCACACCAGUUGAUAAGACAUCACCACCGGUAGCACAAAAACUGUUAUGUGGAGCGUUAGCAGGAACAUUUGCACAGACAAUAACGUAUCCACUGGAUGUAUUAAGGAGAAGAAUGCAAGUAACAGGGAUGAAAGAGUUAGAAUAUAAAUAUAAUAAUACGUGGGAUGGGCUAACGCAAUUGAUAAAAAAGGAGGGGAUACGAGGAUUAUAUAAAGGGAUGGUACCAAAUUAUUUAAAAGUUGCGCCAGCUAUUAGUGUAAGUUUCGUAACAUACGAAGCUUGUAAGGAUUUUAUGGGAGAUUAUUGA